AUGUUGCUGGUACUCUUGGUGGUUUGCGUGUUGCUCUGGUGGUGGUAUCAACGCCGACGAUCAUAUCUGGAGCCACCGGAGUACCCUGGAGCCCUACCGGUGCUCGGACAUUUACACCUCGUUCUGAUCGCGAAUAGUGCUAUGGUUUCAGAUCCUGACGACGCCUUAACCGUUGCGAACACUUGCUUCAAAAAGAAUUUCAUGUACAAAUUCGCGAAGCCAUGGGUUGGAAACGGACUGAUUACGGCGUCAGUGCCAAUCUGGAAGCAACACCGCAAGGUGCUGAACCCGACGUUUAGUUUGCUGGUGUUGAACAGCUACAUGGAAGUCUUCAACAGACAGGCGCGUCGCCUGGUAGGAAGGCUGUCGAACCACGCAGGUCAAGGGCCAUUUGACCAUCUUCUCGAGACGCGCCAGAUCGCUCUCGAAACUAUAUGCAUGACCGCAAUGGGUUUGGAUUUGACUGACGAUGCACUUAUCGAUGGCAAAUAUACUCGUGCGGUGAAUGAAGUAAUGAAUAUAUUUCUGCGACGCUAUUUAGCACCUUGGCUGUAUUUCGACUUCAUAUACCAGAGGAGCGACUUGAAGAAGAAACAAGACCAAAUCGUCGAGAUACUGCAUAAUGUUUCUGAUGGACUGUUGGAACUGUCUGAAGAGCACGGUAUGUUCACUGAGGAGGAAAUGAGGGAGCACGUAGACACUAUUAUCGUGAGCGGAUACGAAACGAUCGCCUCAGCGCUGUUUUUCACCAUAAUUCUCAUCGGUUCAUAUCCUCGCGUUCAGGAGUGUCUUCUGAAAGAAUUAAACAGUGUAUUAGGCGACAAUGAAAGAGACGUAGCGAGUCAAGACCUGCCACGGCUGGUGUAUUUAGAAGCAGUAAUAAAAGAAUCCAUGAGAGUAUACACAGUGGUUCCAAUCGUGGCGAGGUAUAUCGACAGAGAUGUGAAAUUAAAAAAGUGCACUCUAUUGGCGGGAAAUACUUGUUAUCUGUCACUUUACGGAAUCCAUCGCCACUCGAUGUGGGGCGUUGAAGCGGAGGAGUUCAGACCGGAGAGAUGGCUGAACACCGCUACAUUGCCUGACAACGCUAACGCCUUUCUCGCAUUCAGUUUAGGAAAGCGAAAUUGUAUAGGUAAAACGUACGCGAUGAUGUCUUUAAAGACGACACUGGCUCAUUUCCUUCAACGCUACAAAGUGACAGCCGAUCACACUAAAAUGGCGCUGAAGAUGGACAUUUUGUUGAAGUCUGUAACGGGGCAUGAAAUCUACAUAGAGAAACGCUCACGU